CACAAACUACGGUCACAUGACACAUUUCCUGUUAAGAUGGCGGAUAAUCUCCCUUCGGACUUUGAUGUGAUCGUUAUAGGGACGGGUUUGCCUGAAUCCAUCAUUGCAGCUGCAUGUUCAAGGAGUGGCCAGAGGGUUCUGCAUGUUGAUUCACGAAACUACUAUGGAGGAAAUUGGGCCAGUUUCAGCUUUUCAGGACUGUUGUCUUGGAUAAAGGAAUACCAGGAAAACAGUGAUGUUGUGAGUGAAAAUUCAUCAUGGCAAGAACAAAUACUUGAAAAUGAGGAAGCUAUUCUUCUUAGUAGCAGAGACAAAACAAUUCAACAUGUAGAAGUAUUUUGUUAUGCCAGUCAGGAUUUGCACAAAGAUGUUGAAGAAGCUGGUGCACUGCAGAAAAAUCAUGCUUUUGUGACACCCGAGAACUCCAUAGAGGCUGCAGAGGCUGCUUGCUUGCCUACUGCAGAUGAGUCAUUUAGCACCCAGAGCUGUGAAACACCAGCAGAACAAACUCAGAGGAGUGAUCCAGAGAGUUCAGUAGAAGUAAAUGAUGCUGAAACAGCAGGAGAAAAAGAAAAUCUUAGUGAUGAUAAACCUUCAGAAGAAGAGACAAGUGAAAAUGUGCCUAACGUACAAGACAACACAGAGCCACCAAAGAAAAAUAGAAUUACUUACUCACAGAUUAUUAAAGAAGGAAGAAGAUUUAAUAUUGAUUUAGUAUCAAAACUUCUCUAUUCUCGUGGAUUGCUAAUUGAUCUUCUAAUCAAAUCGAACGUUAGUCGAUAUGCAGAGUUUAAAAAUGUUACAAGGAUUCUUGUCUUUCGAGAAGGAAUUGUGGAGCAGGUUCCCUGUUCGAGAGCAGAUGUCUUCAAUAGCAAACAACUUACUAUGGUAGAAAAACGAAUGCUUAUGAAAUUUCUAACAUUUUGUAUGCAAUAUGAAGAACAUCCUGAUGAGUACAAAGCAUAUGAGGAAACUACAUUUUCUGAUUAUUUAAAAACUCAGAAAUUAACCCCCAACCUACAAUAUUUUGUUCUACAUUCAAUUGCAAUGACAUCGGAGACAACAAGCAGUACUGUAGAUGGUCUCAAAGCUACCAAAAACUUUCUUCACUGUCUUGGGCGGUAUGGCAACACUCCGUUUCUGUUUCCUUUAUAUGGCCAAGGAGAACUCCCACAGUGUUUUUGCAGAAUGUGUGCUGUGUUUGGUGGAAUCUAUUGUCUUCGCCAUUCUGUACGGUGCCUUGUAGUGGACAAAGAAUCCAGAAAAUGUAAAGCAAUAAUAGAUCAGUUUGGUCAAAGAAUAAUCUCUAAGCAUUUUGUUAUUGAAGACAGUUACCUUUCUGAGAACACGUGUUCCCGUGUACAGUACAGGCAGUUAUCCAGGGCAAUCCUGAUUACAGACGGGUCUGUACUAAAAACGGAUUCAGAUCAACAGAUCUCCAUUUUGACAGUGCCAGCAGAAGAACCAGGAAGUUUUGCUGUUCGGGUCAUUGAGUUAUGUUCUUCAACAAUGACAUGCAUGAAAGGCACAUAUUUGGUGCAUUUGACUUGCAUGUCUUCUAAAACAGCAAGAGAAGAUUUAGAACAAGUAGUACAGAAAUUGUUUACUCCAUAUACAGAAAUGGAAACAGAAAAUGAACACGUUGAAAAGCCAAGAAUUCUAUGGGCACUCUACUUCAAUAUGAGAGAUUCUUCAGAUAUCAGCAGAGAUUGUUAUGAUGAUUUACCAUCUAACGUUUAUGUGUGUUCUGGCCCAGACUCUGGUCUAGGAAAUGACAAUGCAGUCAAACAGGCGGAAACACUUUUCCAGCAAAUCUGUCCUAAUGAAGACUUCUGUCCAGCCCCACCAAAUCCUGAAGAUAUUGUCCUUGAUGGAGACAGCUCACAGCAAGAAGCAUCAGAAUCCAGUGUCAUACCAGAGGCCAACUCAGAGACUCCCAAGGAAAGUACAGACCUGGGAAACCCAGAGGAGCCCUCUGAGUAGUGGAUAUGCAGACUCAAUAUCCUAAUUUGGAAAUUCCUCUUGACCCCAUAGUCUUCUUGAUGAAAGGAAUAUAUGAACUCUUAUAGCAAGCAACAACCAGUAGGCAAAAUGAUAAGAAGAAACCGGUCCCAGAAAUCUAAAGGGGAAUUUUCCUCAAAACUGACAUUUCCAGGAACAUAAAACACUUACAAAGCACAUUGACUUGCUUAUUUAAAGACAACAAACCUGUAAGAUUAGCAGAUGAAAACUAUAAAUAGGUUAACUCCUGGGAAUGUAGCUGUGAUGUGAAAAGGAUCCUAUGCAUUGUUAGUAAUUAUGUGGCAUUCAUGGAAAUGUUUUGCCACUUGGGAUCUUUUUUGUUGAAAGUCACAUCUGGAGAAUUUGAAUUAUAUUUUCAUUCUGGGUGUGCUAUAACAGGUAAAAGCAUAUGUAAAUACAGUAGAGUAAAGCUAAGCUAUCAUAACCUGGCCAGGAGCCUAUAUUUGGGGUAAAAGUUGUUCUUUAGUUUCUACGUUAAAAACUGAAAUUGUUAAUACUAAGGUGUUCAGAUGUUUUGUUAAUCAUUAUUUGUUAGUAAUUAGUGAUUAGGGUGUAAUAUUAUAUACAUUGGUUAAAGUUCAAAGAUGAAGAAAUGUAAGAAUGGAAACAAGAUCAAUAGUCCUUCCUGAUUCUAAGUCAGAGUAACUGAAGCACUAACCUCCUUGGUCACAGAGCUAAUCUGAUAUUAGGCAAAUUGUUUUAACUUAUCUUCACUUUCUCCAGAUUCAAAGUAGAAUACUAUGCCUAGUGUAUCAGAGUGGUUAUGAAGAUAAAUGCAGCACACCCCUUAGAAUGGUUCUUCUGGAAAGAUACAGUUUUGGAACUUUCCCAUUGAUGGAACUGUGGAUAAAUAUCAACCUAACCUCUUGAUCACAGUGUUAUAUUUAUUGCGUUCAAAUUUUUAACAUGCAGAUCUGUUUCCUAAAUUUAUUAGUUACAAGUGUAAUGGUGGUUUUUAAAGACUUAGAAAUACUUCAUAAACUCAUAUUCCUCUUCUGGCAACUAAACCUGAAACCAUCGAGAACUGAACAGAGUAUGAUACGACAGUUAAUAAACUGUAAUACACACUUUACAUGAAAACAUGAGGGCUAUCUAUACAUUGGCAGCAAACCUAUUUGCAAUGCCUGCAUUUAAAUUUCUCCAAGCUCUGUGGUCUACUUUCUUUGAGCAAUAGUUUGGACCUAGUACUGCCUGUAAAUAAAUAAACAAUAAAUAAACCCAGUGCUUCCUGCCAGGGAGUCAUGGCUCCAAUGAAAAGCACAGAGUUUUCCAUGUGCAGCUUGCCCCUGGCCUGGCCAGGUUUCAAAGGAAGCUCCCAGCACAGAUUCUUGAGAAAUGGAAAAAUCCAAGGAAUGUUGCUCUUCCUGACCCCUGCAGAUUGAAUUGAAUUGAGAAAAAAGGAUAAACAUCCCAGACUCCCAGGCUGCUCUUCUCAGGCUGCCUGCACCUCCCACUGUACAGCCCUCUCCUCCUAUGUAGUACCUUUCACUUUUGUAAGGUCACACAAAUCAGGGACACAAUCACAUAUAACCUACUUUGUCACAAAGCUCCAGCUCUUAAGUCAGCUGUUGUUUCCUGAAGCCCCACCGGGGCGUGCACUAAAUACCAAGUUCACACCUGUACUGCACCAGGUAUUGGUCCGGCGUCUCCAUGCCAGCAAUAGGGAAGUUUCUCUUAGAUGAGAAUAUUAAGUUGGAAUAAAAUCACAGCUAAGUUGCACCAAUAAAAAUGUUAUACUUUGUUAUAAUCUAGAGUUAAGGCCUGCUGAAUGCAGCAUGCACAUUUAUCUAAGGACAUAGACUUAGAAUAACUAGAAACCUUUGGAUACCGCAGCUGUGGAAAUUGUAGAGCAACAGCAGCUAUUUCAUGCUUUCAUGGCCCCGCUUAUACUGUAUCUGUUUUCAUUCCUUUGCUGUCAUAAAAAAUCGAACUUACAGGUCAUUUACUAAAUAUAUUGUUGAAAUGCUUAAAGCUCCUGACUCUGAUUAGUAAUUGUUAGAAUACAAAAAUACUGUUGUCAAAAAUUAUAGGCAGUUCUGCCUAAUUCUUAUUGCCUCAGAAUGCAAUACUAAGCAAUUGCAGAGCUUUUUCUUGUAUUCUUAAUUACUGAAGUAAGUAGUUGUUUUUACUGUUUUAAUUUCAAAACAAUACCAACAACAAACAUUAAGGUAGUAUUAUAAAACCUUAAGUCUAAAAGUCAUACGAAUGAAAUUGCUGUUUUAUAUAAUGGAAAUAUUUCAGUAAUUUAAAAUUUGAAAGUUGCUAUUAUCAAAGAAUUUUUACUUGUAUGCUCAAAAUAUUUAAAUAUGCAUGCCUGUUUCCUAGUAACCAAAAAUCAUAUCAUUAAUUUAAGUGGUUGAUAUAAGAUCCAAUAACUAAUCCUAUGUUGCUUUUGUAUAUCUUUUCUAGUUGGUGUGCCUGCCCAAGGAAACAUAAAUAAUAGAUGUCACUUUAUAUUUUUCUAUAGUAAAAUGGCUUCAGUCAUGGGUAACUUGUAGAGUACUGGAAAUUUCUCAAAUAAUAUCUACAAUUAUAAAGUUGAUUGUUGACAAUUACUAAUUUCUGGUAAGAUUGUUUCUAGAUUUUUGUGUCUUAAAAUUUGUUUUCUAGUUCCUAGAUGGUGGUAGUCGUUUACAGGAAUUAAAACCAUUUUCUUGCCAAUUACUUAUGUGCUGUUAUUAGCAUUUGUCUUUUGCUCAGUAAACUUUCUUAUAUGUAUUUUAAAAAGCAUGAAUAUAUAAUAAUUUAUACACUGUAACAGGGAAUUUUCAUAGGAAAUAAAGACUUUUCAUUGCC